AACUCAAGCAGACGAACAGAGAGCAGCUGCUUUUAAAGAAAGGGUGUUAGAACCUCAUUUUUCAAGUUCAACCAUGACGUGUGUACCUGUCUUCGUGCUGUUCCUGGUGACAACAACUGGGUUCGCAUUAUCACAGAACAGUGCAUCCCCCGUCACCUACAGAGUCACAUUUUCAUCGCGCAUGAGGCCAGGUAUGACGUUACCUGUCAGUGUGCACCUGCUCCAAGAUGGCGACUCGGCGGAAGUGUUUGUGACACUUCGCAACAUCAAAAGUAAAGCAGUGAAAGCUUCAGCAUCGUCUCUUCGUGUAUAUGGAGGAGGCAAUCCACAAGUCAUCAAUAUGAAAAUUCCAAGAAAACUAGGCGACGAGGGGGAUGAUUCAAAAUCAGCCUACGAAGUCCGAGUGAAGGCGAUUGGCGACGUUAAUUUUGAUGAAGUUGCGCAGAUGACUUUAGAAGAAAAAAGCUUCUCUAUCUUCAUACAGACAGAUAAAGCCAUUUACAAACCUGGACAAACAGUCAUGAUGAGAAUAUUGGCUAUGAACCCUGAUCUGUCAGUACUGAAGGCCCCCAUGGAUGUAUUCAUUAAGGAUCCAAAAGACAACCUUGUUCGUCAGUGGAAACAAGUGAAAGAGGAUAGAACGGGUGUGGUUGAGCUGAGCAUGCCAACGUCCACUAACCCCAUUCUGGGAAACUGGACUAUUCAAGCCCGAAUAUUGAACCUUAAUGAAACACAGAUUUUUACGAUAGAUAAAUAUGUCUUGCCGAAGUUUGAAGCAAGUGUAGAUGUGCCAAAAAAGGUCCUAAUCACGAAUGGGAUAAAAGGAACUGCAAGCGCCAAGUACACUUUUGGCAAACCUUUGACAGAGGCUGACGUAAGCGUUGUAGUGCGACUUGAGGCCACAACCUCUGCUCCCAACAUCUCAUCCACCGGCAAGCUUGAUUCUAAGGGAGAGUUCGCCUUUUCGUUUACCAACGCCCAGCUCUUGGCAUUGUCCAGUCAAACGUUCAACUGGAAGUCUCUAGAGAGUAAAGAGGCGGAGGUGAUAGUCUUAGUGACAGAAGAGUCAACCGGACAUCACAUGGACACGACAGCGAUUGUUGCAUUUGAGAAAUAUAAGGCUAAGGUGGAGUUCCUACCCAUCACAACCAGCAGCUUCAAACCAGGGCUUCCUUACACAGUUUAUCUGAGUGUGACCAAAUACGAUGGCACCUUCUUUUCCACGUCAGAGUCUGUAAACAUCACAUUUGUUGUUAGAACCACACAAGAUACAAAGACUAUUUCCACUGUUCAAAAUCUUCAGUUAAACGGCUUGCUCCGAGUUCAACAGGCGUUUCCCAGGAAUGCUGAAAAGAUUUCUAUUCAGGCACAGAUGAAAGAUUACACAGCCAAAUCUGUAGACAAGGCCUAUUCUCCAAGCGGCAACUUUCUUAAAGUAGUUAUGGAUUCGCCAGAACCAGAGGUUGGAAAAAAUGUCAAAUUUACAGCAUUUGCAACAGAGAAUGUCCCCCAGAUAUUUGUCCAGGUGUAUACGAAAGGAAUAAUGGUCAGCGACUUCUUAGUUCAGUCAUCCAGUCAGCAAGGCGAUGAACAAUUUCCAAUCUCAUUUUUGGUCGAGGAUGCCAUGGCUCCCAAUGCCCGUCUUCUAGUCUUCUACUUCCGCCCAGACUGGGAAGUUGUCGCCGACAGCAUCUCAUUCAAAGUCAAAGGCUCCUCAGACAACCCUAUUUCGGUUAAAUAUACUGAUAAGAAGGUAAAACCUGGUGAGAAGGUUUCUCUAAAAAUCAGUGCUAAAUCGGAUUCUUCAGUUUUUCUUCUAGCUGUGGACAAAAGUGUGCAGCUUUUGAAAGAUGGAAACGACAUCACACAGGAUAAAAUCACAGAGCAGCUGGUUGCCUAUGACUACGGAAAUGACUAUCGUGAGUUCUGGCAGUACAUGUCCACCAGUGGUUGGCCCUACUCCGUGAAAGGAACAGAUGCUAAAAGUAUUUUUAAGGACACGGAGGUUCAUGUCUUGACAGAUGGUACAAUACCCGACAAACAAAAUAUUCCUGUUCUGUAAGUAACGCUCUAAUUUUUAUGGAGACUUCUGCUACUUUGGUAUAGCUUUUAAACGUCCAACAUUAGUUUCAUGACAAGUGAAAGGCUUAUAUAUUACUUCAAUGGGAUCUCAUGUACAUUUUAAACAUAUAUUUUUCUUUACAAUGUGUGUUCCGGCCAAAAAACGCGAA